AGACCGUCAAUCCUUUAAGGGGUACUCCCCUCCCCCAAAAGAGUUCUAUGACAUUUAUCUACUUUCGGCAUCAAAUAAAACAUCAUAUUUUCUAAAGAUGAAGAAUCUUAUUCAUGGGAAUGGGUGGAAGAUGACAACUCCUUUUGAUAGUAAACUUGGCGAACCGGUAUUAAAAAGCAUUGAGAAGGACGUCUCUAACAGUUCACAUGUGGUUUAUCUUAUCACAAAAGAGGAUGGUGAGCAUGAAAAUGUAAAUCACACCAUGACAAUUGAGAUGGCGUUCCAGUCUCUCACAGACAAGGGCUUAGGAGGCAGAGUUAUUCCUGUGUUCUGUUGCGAUACAUCUUUCGUCUCGCCAAAACUGAGGAGCUUGACUGGAGCAAACAUUCACGAUGAAGCGCUCGAAGAAAGAUUGAGGAAGAGUAUUGAUAUGAACAUCAGGAAGGAAAGAGAAGAGGAGUACCGCUCAGGUUCAGAACCAUUGCAGGGUGCAUCAAGUUCGCAGCCACAGCAAACAUCACAUCGAGUUACAGAGGAAAUUCUAGAGAUCGAUUCAGGGAGACAGGAAGACCUUGACGAAAAACUGACCACUGUUGCUCGAAAAGUUUUCAAGCAUGAAGAUCUAGAUUAUCUUGGGAAGGCUCUCGGCUUUGAACCAGAAGAUAUCCAACGUUAUGUCGACACAAACAUGAAGAAUGCACAUAUAUCAUACAUGGGUACACUGUCAAUGCUCCGAGACUGGAGAGAUAGGCAAACUGAGGCCACAGAGUGUGAAGCCCUGAAGAAUGUUCUAAAGAAAGCUGGUCAAAUCCGUCUCGCUGAUAUCCUAUUUGAUCCAUUGCAGGGUGCAUCAAGUUCACAGCCACAUCAAGCAUCACAUCAAAGUAAAGAGGAAAUUCUGGAGAACGUUUCAGGUAGACAGGAAGACUUUGACGAAAAUCUGAUCACCAUUGCUCGAAAAAUUGUCAAGCACGAAGAGAUAUAAAACUCGGGAAGGGUCUCGGCUAUGAACCAGCAGAUAUUGAACGCUAUGUCAACACAAACAUAAAGAGUGCACAUGUAUCAUACAUGGGUACACUGUCAAUGCUCCGAGACUGGAGAGAUACGCAAACCAAGGCCACAGAGUGUAAAGCCCUGAAGGAUGUUCUAAGGAAGGUUGGUCAAAUUCGUCUCGCUGAUGAGCUAUUUUGUACUUCAUGAGAUGCAAAUUAUGCUUCUCUAUUGAGUACUACACUGUUCCAUAUAUGAAAGUAUAAUGUCUGAGUAGCUUAAAGGUAUUACAAAGUUUCGGUAUGGGGUCAUGAUUUUCUUUCAAAUUAACAUAUUGGAGGCAUAUGCG